GUCGCCUCACUUGCGCCGCAGCCGCCGCUGCGGCUGCAGCUGCGGGCUUGGACCUCGAUGGACCACGAUGGACCUGGACUGACUUGGAAGGACCCAGAUGGACCCGGAUGGACCUGGACGCUGAAGAAUCCUGCCUGCAGCUUCCUGCUUCAACUUAGCAAUCCUUCCCCCGGCUUUCAACCAUGAAAUUCUUUCCAAUCCUGCUUCUCAUGACCAUCAUGGCCCAGCCACUCACCCAUGCCCUGGAAUGCUAUGUCUGUGAAUACAAAGGGUACAACUGCUUCAAGCCCAUGAGGUGCCCCAAUUAUGUCAACUACUGUAUGACCACCCGGACCUAUAUCACUCCAACCAGGGUAACAGUCAGCAAGUCUUGCGUCCCCACCUGCUUUGAGACCCUGUACGAUGGCUACACCAAGAAUGCUGCCACCACGUCCUGCUGCCAGUAUGACUACUGCAAUGGGGCUAGCCUUGGGGCCCAGGCCUCCUCAGCUCUGGCCCUCACCACAAUCCUCAGCACGCUCUGGGGGCUGCUCCCCCCCAGCCUCUGACCCAGGCUAACUGGACCCCUUCCCUUUUCCCAGAAGCCCCAGAUCAACUUGGCUCUGUGAGAGAUGAGGAGAACAUGGCGACUUCAUAACUGUCCCUGGCCCCUGCCCCGCACACUGAGCCCCUCCCAUGGCCUCUUCCCAGGACCGCUUCAUCUGCCACAGCCCCCAGCACUCGUGGGAUGUCAGACUCCCCAGGUGCUUUCUGUUCAAGUCUAGAUCCUCCCCUUCCCAUACUACCAGGGGAUGGGAGUGGUCCUCCUUUCUAACUAAUCCGUAGGCUUCUUCUCUGCCUGUCCACUGAAGUCAGAGGAAUCCGUUUGGAGCCCAAAGUUGGGGGGGCAGAAGGGGAAGAGGCUCUUGGAUUCUUGGAUUUCCCUAUACCCUUGUUCCUGGACUAGUUUUAUUUUUAUGCUGACCAUCUUGGAACUCUUCACACUUCUGCUCCUCAACCCCAUCCACUUUUCAAAAUGUCUGACUUUGAACUUGAUUGACUAAUGUGGGACCUGACACCUGAAAUCUUCAUGGAUCUGCCAUCCACACUGGACUCCUUCUGCGGGGAUGAGUGUUGGGGGAAGACCAAUUUAGGGUGGGGUAUGGAGGGGGGGUGAGGCACAUACACAGGGGUUGGACAAGUAUGGUUUUUUGUUACCUGUUGAGUUCUGAUGGGGGAUAGGGGGUAGGGGUGGAAGCAAUAGAGUACUGCUGCUGGGGAGGGAAUGGGAGAUAUAGAGAACCUGGUCAAAGGGGGAAAAUACCCCCAUCCCCAGGAAGCCUGUGGUCUGAGAUGGAUUUGUCAUAGUUAACCCCUUAUUUCAGUUGGCUCUUCCAGAGAGGAAUGGGAAGAGAUUGUGUCCACAGGAAGGUAAAGCCUACCCAAAGACUGACACAUACCAUGAAAGGUUGAGAUAGAGGGCAGCUUUUCCUGAGCUGUCCUGGGAAGGUCCUCACAGAUAGAAUUGCUGAACGUGAGAGCUGGAAGAUCCCUUAGAGACCACCUAUUCCAAUCCUCUCAUUUUACAGAUAAGGAAAUUGAGGCACAGGGAGGUGAGGUGACUUGUCAAUGGUCACAAAGUGAGGUUGUGUGUAACGCUGGGUCCCCAUGGGUUCCCACACAACUCUGGAUCCUCUUGUUACAUCUCUGGUCCCCUGUGCUAUUGUGAGUCACUUAUCCCAAAACCUCAAGCUUGAGCCCCGGCCAUUACAUUUCUAUGCCACACCAAAGAAAAUAUACAUGACCAUUGAAAAACACACACACACACACACACAUUUCAUUACAGCAGAAUAGGAAGGUAAAUAACAGGGUAGAAAUGUCUGUAUUCAUGCACAAAAAGAUUGCCAUAUCCUGUGCUUUUAACCCCCCUUUCCCACCCCUAGCUAUUCCACUUUCAGUUCAGACCCAAGGAACCUCAGUGAACCUUAGGGUUUGAAAUCAUCUGCCUCUUGGGUUUCUUUCCUUCCAGUCUCAGUGGGGCGAGAUAAAUAGAAUGAAUGUUUAAGAGCUGAAUGAAAGCUGGUCUCCUACCACAACUCUGGAAUCAUCCCAUAGUGGUCUGGCCAGGCUAUGUAGCCGCCUGUGUUCCCCACAGCUCUCACAGCCCCACUGUUUGCUUUUCCCAUAUGCUCAUUUCUGUAGCUCCUGAACUGCUAUGCUUCAGUACCUUCUGAUCUCUCUCAUCAUAUAGUAGCUACCUCCCUUUUCCAAGUCUGUGCCCCCACUCCUUAAUCUCCGAUCCUUAACAUCUGUUCUGCCCUUCCAAGUCUGCACUGCCAGCUCCCUCCAUGUGGCUGCUCUCCCCUUCCUAGUUUAAGCCCACCUGACACAGUUCCUCUUCAUCCAGAUUUUGCAACCAACUGCCCAUCUACAACGGUUGGAGAGAGGGGAUUCGACUUCCCCGGUUCUCCAUCAUUUCUGUCCUCCUGAUGCCAGGGAGUCCAACGAGCUCCCCUGUGGGCAGCAGGCGGUUUUAGUGUGUUGCCUUAGCAGAGUCCCAAUGCCAACCCCCAGCUUCUUCUGGUGCUUCUCGUGUGCCUCUGUGCAGGAACGCCCUUGUUCCCCUGGCCUGCAUCUGCCUGUUUCUGUAGCUGUGAUCUUCACAGUUCUGUGGCCAGCCCACCUGACAGCUCUCUGGCUUGCCAAGCUGCUGCCCCUCUCCCACAUCGCUGCUCCAACCUGGAAGCCCCUGUUCACCGCUCUGCCGCAUUUGCCUCUGUAAUGGGCUGGCCUAACUCCUGUGGGUGCAUGCCCACUUCUGCUGCUGUGGCACCCAUCAAACAUCAGUCUGGUGGACCACAGCUUCCUGAUAAACCUGUGCUGAAUUCCUUU